AUGGCUCCUCAAAUUCAAACUGAGCUCACCAAGCUCUUCAAGAUUGACCACCCGGUAAUGCUCGCUGGUAUGAAUGUUGCUGCUGGUCCCAAGCUUGCUGCUGCCGUCACCAAUGCCGGUGGUCUCGGUGUUAUUGGUGGCGUUGGCUACACCCCAGAGAUGCUACGAGAGCAGGUUUCGGAGCUCAAGUCUUUUCUGAACGACAAGAAGGCUCCAUUCGGGGUAGAUCUCUUGUUACCACAAGUCGGUGGUGGUGCUAGGGCCACUAACUACGACUACACCAAGGGAAAGCUUGAUGAGCUGGUUGAUGUUGUGAUUGAGAGUGGUGCGGCGUUGUUCGUGAGCGCUGUUGGUGUCCCCCCAAAACACGUUGUAGAACGGUUGCACAAGGCCGGUAUUCCAUACAUGAACAUGAUUGGGCAUCCCAAACACGUGGCAAAGGCUAUUUCAGCUGGCGCCGACAUCAUUUGCGCCCAGGGUGGUGAGGGUGGUGGUCACACUGGUGACGUCCCUACUUCAGUCUUGAUUCCUACUGUUGUUGAGCUCUGCAAGAACACCAAGUCACCACUCACUGGUAAGCCAGUUACCGUUGUUGCUGCUGGGGGUAUCUUUAAUGGCAAGUCGCUCGCUGCUGCUUUGAUGAUGGGUGCCCAGGCCGUCUGGGUUGGCACAAGAUUCAUCCUUGCCGAUGAGGCCGGCGCACCUAAGGCCCACCAAGAGGCUGUACGGACUGCUGGCUUCGAGGACACAGUUAGAACCAUCAUCUUCACUGGCCGUCCUCUCCGAGUACGCAACAACGCUUACAUCAGCAACUGGGAGGAGAACCGGAAGGAUGAGAUUAAAACACUUACAUCCAAAGGUGUUAUUCCUGUUGAGUAUGACAUUGAAGAGCUCGACAAGGCAGACAAGCUUGAUGACGACACCAUGGAUAACGCUAGACCAUGGCUGAUGGGUAAGGUCGCUGCUGUCGUCAACGACAAGAAGCCAGCAAAGGAGAUCGUUGAAGAGAUGGUUGCUGAAGCAGUUGUAAUGCUGAAACAGGGCGAGAAGAUGUUGGCGAAAUUGUAA